AUGGCUGCGCCACAUGACAGUCUUGAGUAUUGGGUGGGAAUCCUAUAUUUUUUACGUUAUGCAUUUGGUGAUGCGGCUCCAGAUGUCACGAGACCAUGUCCUUGUUGCAAAUGCUUAAACUCAUUGAGUCAUGAUCGUGAGACAGUACACGAACAUCUGAUGAUAAAUGGUAUCUUACAAGAUUAUCGCAUCUGGAAUUUUCAUGGAGAAAAACUAAUUGUACAAGAUCAUGAUAACAAAGAACUUCAUGAUUCGGUGCAACAAGUUUCAGAAGUAACUAGCCAUGAACCAAUGAUACAAGAAAUGUUGCAUGAUGCAUUUGGAAUGCAUGAAGGAUCUAGAAGUAAUGAAAAUUUCAUUGGAGCAUCAACGAGUCAUACACCGAUGAAUUCUAAUGUGAAAGAUUUCUAUCAACUAAUAGAGGAAGGGAAACAACAGCUAUAUACUGGAUGCACAGAGUUUUCUAAACUGUCAUUCCUUGUUGAGUUAUUUCAAUUGAAAGUGAAUGGAAAAUGGAGUGAUAAGUCAUUUACAGCAUUGUUGGACUUCCUUCGUCGAGUACUUCCAUUUGAAGCUCAAGUGCCUAAGUCAUUUUAUGAAGCAAAGAAAUUAAUUUCUAGUUUAAGACUUCAUUAUGAAAAAAUACACGCUUGUCCAAAUGAUUGCAUGAUUUAUUGGGGGGAAAGUGAGAAUGAACAGUGGCAUUUCAAAAAACAUGUUUCGGAUGGAAAUCUAAGGCAUCCAGCUGAUUCUCGCGCAUGGAAGGAAUUUGAUGAUCGUCAUUAUGAAUUUGCAUCUGAUCCUAGAAACGUACGCUUGGGACUCGCUACUGAUGGGUUUAAUCCAUUUAAAAAUCAAAGCACUUCACAUAGUACUUGGCCUAUUGUCCUGAUGCCUUACAAUUUGCCACCUUGGGAAUGCAUGAAGCCUUAUUCUAUUAUUUUAUCCACCCUUAUUCCAGGUCCAAAAGCACCUGAAAAUGAUAUCGAUAUAUAUUUGCGCCCCUUAUUGACUGAAUUGAAAGAUUUAUGGGAAAAUGGGAUUGCCACAUUUGAUGCUUGUGACAAAAAAAUGUUUCAACUGCGGGCUGCAUUACUUUGGACAGUCAGUGAUUUUCCUGGUUUAGGUUGUUUGUCUGGAUGGAAUACAUAUGCCAAGAAUGCAUGUCCAACUUGUGCUGAUAAUACAGAUGCAGUGUACCUAAAACAUGGCAAAAAGUGGUCAUUCAGAGGGCAUCGUCGUUUUCUACCACCAGAUUCAGAACUGCGAACAAUGUCAAGUUAUGGCAAACCAGAACAACGUGAGUUGGAUUUGGUGCCAUUGUCGGGAUAUGACGUUCUAUGA